UUCGCGGAUAAAUAUCAAACACUCUGCAUCCAUCCCCAAAGCCAUAAACCUUAUCUCUUCUCCUCUCAUUCACCAUGGCAGCUUCAGCUUCAGCUUCCUUUCUCGCUCUCUCCACCUUCAACCCUAACUCCCUUCCUUUCUCCGUCUCCCGACCCUCCUCCCUCUUACCUCCUUCCGUCUCCUUCAAACUCAACUCCCUCUCCAUCUUCUCUUCCUCCUCCGCCAAAUGCACCUCUCCCGCCUCUCGCUUCCUCCGUAACGUCGCCGUCACGGAAGACUUCUCUGUCGAAGAAGAAGACGGCAGUUUCGCCGACGACGCACCGCCGCCGCCGCAGGAGCAGUCCUUCUCUGCUGACCUCAAACUCUUCGUCGGUAACCUUCCGUUUAACGUCGACAGUGCUCAGCUCGCUCAACUGUUCGAGAGCGCAGGGAAAGUUGAGAUGGUUGAGGUAAUCUAUGACAAGGUGACAGGAAGAAGCAGAGGUUUUGGGUUCGUGACUAUGUCUUCUGUCUCUGAAGUUGAGGCAGCUGCUCAGCAGUUCAAUGGCUAUGAGUUGGAUGGUAGACAAUUGAGAGUUAACGCAGGUCCUCCACCACCAAAGAGGGAAGACUCCUUCUCCAGAGGACCAAGAAGCAGCUUUGGAGGUUCUGGAUAUGGUGGAGGUGGCGGUGGUGGUGGUGGUUCAGGAAACCGUGUUUACGUGGGUAAUCUCUCGUGGGGAGUCGAUGACAUGGCUCUGGAGAGUUUGUUUGGGGAGCAAGGAAAGGUUGUUGAGGCUAGAGUUAUUUACGACAGGGACAGUGGUCGAUCCAAGGGUUUUGGGUUUGUCACUUACAACUCUGCUCAAGAGGUCCAAAAUGCAAUCCAAACCUUGAAUGGUGCUGAUUUGGAUGGGAGACAGAUUAGAGUGUCGGAAGCUGAGGCUAGGCCUCCUAGGCGCUAGUUUUGAACACCCCAAACGAUGGCUUCCUAUUCUCUAAAACGCGUAUUCUUAGAGGGCGCUUCGAAGCAUAUAGAGUUUUGUGAGAGGAUGGCAGUUUCGGACCCGUUCUUCACCUAUGUUUGUUAUGCAAUGGAUGCACGAAUGGUUUUUUUUAUUAGAAACAUAUAAGUAAAGAUUAUAAGUGAAGACCAUGUUCUUGUCUGCCUGAAUGCUGCCAUUGACUGCUUCGCUUUGGUUUGAUUCAAGUUUUAUCUCUAUUCAUGUUGCUUCUCUAUUUAACAGUCUAGUUUGUUUUAUCUU